CCCCCGGCGAACAGCUGCAAGACAGACGGGACUUCCAUGAGCAACAAGCGCAAGCGGCAGAGCCGCCGGUCCUCCGCCUCGUCGUCCUCCUCGGUCUCCUCCUCGUCCACCGCCGGGGCGGACUGCCCCUCCGCCGGCGCUGCCGCUGGCCCCGGGUCCGUCUUUUCCGGCUUUUGGUCGGACGCCGAGCUGGAGGCCGGGGCAAGGGGGGACCAGGAAGAAAGCGGGAGCGGAAAAGGCGGCGAAAAGGCCGACACCGACUACGAGGGCUUUUACCUGACCAUCGGGGACGUUGUGUACGAGAUCGGCGUGGGGGACGCGGUGGCGAUGCGCAGCCCCGGGGGCAAGGCGGGAGACGCUGACGCCGAAGGGGCGGCCGGGAACGACCGGGACGAGCGGAGGCGCCGGCGCCUGAAGCGCAUGGCCGAGGAGGAAGCGGCGGCCGGCGGAAACAAAGGCGCAAGCACAAGCGCAAACCCGAAUCCGGCCGGCAAAGGCCUCCCGCCCAGCGACGCCGACUACGAGGCGGACGCAACCACCGGGGGGGCCGGGGGCUACUACCGCCCCGGGGAGAAGGAAGGGACCGCCAAAGGCACCGAGGCAGAGGCAAAGGCCAACAGCCGGCCUUCCGGUCCCGGCCCCAAAGCACCACCCCCCGCCAAGGCCGGCGACGGCCUGAUGCUGGCCCGGGUCGAGCGGGUCUGGAAGGAAACCGGCCGCAGGGGCCGGGUCCUCUUCCGGGCCCGCUGGUUCCUCUCCAGGGGGGACGUCGACGCCCUCCCGCUGGGGGACAUCGAGCAGGGGCCCAUCGGGUCGGUCAAGCGCUUUGCGAACGCCAUCACGGGGCACGACCUGGUCCUCAGCGACCAGUGCGACGACAACCACCUGACGACCAUCUGCGGCCUGGUGCAGGGUAAGGAACGGAUGGAGCAAAGUGCGGUUUGGCGGGAGUGCUGUCGCGAUUUUGCGUUUGCGUUUGGGAUUGCCUUUUUGGAUUGGGAUUGAUCGUGGUUGCGACUGUUCUAGCUCCGCGGUUCCAUCUUGUGUUGCGUUGAUGCACAGCAUGUGCCAUGCGAUGCGAUGCGAUGCGAUGCGUUGUUGUGGAACCCUGCAUACAUCCAGCAAUGUGCUGGUUUGUGCCAUUCCGUUCGUGUCUGCGUCGGUUUGGAGGAAUCCGAGUGGCUCCGAUCGACUCRGAUCCUUCCAGACAGUUAGAAUCGAAUCGCUGCCUUUGCUGUUUCCCCAAAACUCACCMUCGCUUGUUCGUCCCAUCGAUCCGGAUCUUUUUCGUCUUCGAACCGACCAUGCCGUUGCCGCAGUCCUGUACCGGAACCCGGCCAGCAAGGAGAAGAUGCCCACCACGAUCCUGCCCACGACCUAUCUCUGUCGCUACAGCCUCCGCAUCGACGACGGCCACCGGGUGGUCAUCCUGCCCUACACGGGGCUCGAGGACGCCUGGAGCGAGAUGACCCCCGACGCCCUCGACGCCAAGAAACGCCCGGCCGGGCAGGUCGACUCGGACCGCGACGACGAGGACGGYGAACCCGGAUACCCCAGCGGCAGCCCGGAGGGAAAGUACCUCCAGUCGUCGGGCCACGGCGGUUCCGACGGGAACAAGAGGCGCCGCGUCGGGGAUUUUGCGGCGGACGNGCWCACACUUUAUGCUGUUCUCGCGGGAGCAGUUGCGGUUUCGUGAGAACGGAAUCACACCCAAAGCAAAUAAUAAAAUAACAUAARA